AUGGAUUCUAUCUGGAACAGUUCCUUGGGUGAUCAAGUCCUAGAGAAAUCAAAAUCAUUGGCACCCAGCAUAAGUUCUAUCGACAAAUUAUCUUUGAUAAAAUCUACCUUAAAGAAAUUACCAAACGUACCUCUAAAUGAUACCAAGAAUGAACAGGCAAAUUUGAUAGAACUUAUUCAAUUAAUUUGUGAUGAGGACACUUCAGAGGAAUUUAGUACUUUUAAACAGCUAGUCGCUCCAUUGUAUGAUAUCAAUGAUAAAUCUUUGACAGGUAUGGCUCUGAUACAUUAUAUUAUCGCUUUCAAUAGACCAUCAUAUAUUGAAUUAUUACAUGAUUUUGCAUCAAAUGCUAAGACUCCUAUGGAUCUUAAUUUGAAAGACGAUAUUAUGGGAUAUACACCAUUGAUGUGGGCUUUCACUUUACAAAGGAAAGAAUGUUGCUUGGAAUUAUUUAAUUAUCAUGAAAACAUUAAUUUCAAUGCAGUGAAUAAAGAUGGUUUGCAAGCUUGGGAUCUUAUUACUCCAGAUUCUCCUAUCCACGAUUAUUUAGAACAAAAUAAUAUGCUACAAUAUCGUGAAACUAAAAAGAGUGACAAAGCGGCAAUCAACGAUAAUAAUGAUGCCAAUAACUUGUCCACUUUCGAUGACGACCCUUUUGCAGUUGAUAAUAUUGAUUUACAAGUAGCAGGUUUAUCUUUAGCAUCUGCAACUAAUAAGAAUGAACAUGAUCUUUUAUUUACCUCAGCACAGGACUCUGUGAAUACCAUUGAUAAUAACAAUCAAACUACUAGCAAUAACAUCGACUCCUUAAUAGAAUCAUUUGAUUUCACAAAAUUGGUCCAAUAUCAAUAUCUAGAGUUCUCAGAUUAUGAUAUUCCUCAAAUAUUAGAUCUUCUAGAAUCCUUACCCAGGAAAUAUCCUCAUUUAACAACGUAUCCCGCUUCAUUAUUGUUCCAAUGUAUUAGAUACGCAGAUCACAAGAAAAAAUCUAAACCAUUAGUAGAAUCAUUGAUUCAUUUAUCACUGACAAGAAUAAUAUCUACAGUAUCAAAAGAUAGUGAUACAUCACCAAUUGCAGAAAAUCCACCAGCAAAUGCAGACAAUACUACCACAAACACAAACACAACUUCAAUCAAGAAGAAAUCUAAAUCGUUAGAAAACGAGAAAUCUAUAACUUCAAAUGGUGAUAUCAUUCAACAAUCGUAUUGGUUCGGAACACUAUCUUUCCUUUAUUAUUAUCUUUGUAGAGACGAUGGGUUUUUCAAAAACCAUCCUCCAGUAUUAUCAGAAUUAACUGGCGCACUACAUUCAUUGAUGUUAGAAUUGACUUCAUCCAUACAUUCGAGAUUGAAUGCAUUAAUUGAACCAACUUUAUUAUCAUACACCACUAUAAAAGACGUUAAACAAACAUUAUAUAAAAGAGAUUGGAAUUUCUUUAAGAAGCGGAAGCAAGCUAAAUUACAUCGUAUGGAAGAGAAAAGAAAACAAGAAAAACUAGAGAAACUUCAACAUGGCAUUAGAAAAUCAUUGUCAAAUGAACCUACAGAACUUGAUGACAAUACUAAUAACGAUAAUAGUGAUAACAAUAAAAACGAUCAAGAUACGAUAAAUGAUGAUGAUGAUUCAGUCUUGUAUUAUGAUACAGAAAUUUUAAAACACUUAUACCCACCGUCCUUAGAAGAGCAAAUGAAGCCAUCGCCAUUGAAAAUGGUUCAAAUAUUUGGUGCAUUAACAUACGUACUUUCUUUACAUCAAAUACAUCCACUUUUCCAACAACAAUGUCUUUCUCUAGCGAUGAGUUGGUUUUCAACAAGUUUAUUCAAUAAAAUCUUGAAAGAUAGAAGGAAAAAAAUCUUAUCAAGAGCACACGCUAUUCAAAUUAGAUUAAAUCUAUCAGCAUUAGAAGCAUGGAUUAAAAACAAUGACUCUUUAGUCCCAAAGCCAAGAUUAAUUGAUGAUUUUAUGUGGGAAAGAUUCCCAUAUACAUUAAUUUAUGACGUUGGAUCAAUAGAUCUUUCAACACCACCGUCUGAUUUGAACAACAUUGCCACAUAUAAACCAAUAAAUGAUCCACCAUUGAAAGGCCACAAAGAACCAACUAAAUCGCCCAUCCAUGAUAUGACAAAUUCAUUGUUUUAUUAUCAAACAUUCCAUAGAAUAUCCCAAAUUCAUUUAGAACCAGUUUUUGAAUUAUUACAAUGGUUACAAGUGGCCACCACGAUAGACUCUGAAGAAUCAUUAGAUUCCACUUUGAAAUUGUUACCCACGUUAUCACCAUCUCAAUUAUUGAAAAUUUUGGAAAAAUAUAAUUAUGAAAUCAAUGAACAUAAAUUUAGUUCUAAAUUGAAAAAGAAAAUUAAUGCCCAAUUGAAACUGGUAGGGAAGCAAAACGUUUAUUUACAGGAAAGGCAAAUCCCUAUGUUGGCGUUACCCACUGUUCCUGAAUUGACUGAUUUGUAUUGUAAAUCGGAGGAUGCGUACUCAUUCUUGCCCCUAUUGCCUGUCGAGAUUCAAGAUGAUGUAUGGGAGAUUCAUGAUGAGAACUAUAAGAAACGAAGGAAUGGGCAUGAUUUCACGGAACCGAUAGACCAAACGGAGGAACAGGAGAAUCAAGGCGAGAAUGAGAAUGAGAAUGAGAAAGACGUUGGAGAAAAGGAAAGGGAAGGUGAGGAACAAACAUCUGGUGAUAUGUUUUUCACUGAAUUUGAUGCUCCUUCAGCAAUUGUUCAAAAACCUAUUUGGGCUGCCAACGAUGAGAUUGAGGAAAAUCCUUGGUGA